AUGAACAGCUAUAAUAUUCCCUCUUUGUUGCAACUUCAAACCGGGAUUAUUGAUUUGGAAGAUAGGAAGCAGAAAGAGACAUGCUUGCACAGGUACACAAGAAAUGAUGAUGUGGACAAGGGAAAACUUUCUAUAACUGAUUGGGAGAUAGAAAACGAAUGCGGAAUUUGCAUGGAAAUUAAUACAAAGGUUGUGUUGCCUAAUUGCAGCCAUUCAUUGUGCUUGAAGUGUUUUCGCAACUG